AAUACUUGAAAGUAAUGACUGAUAACAACAACUGUUUCCUUUAAAUUGUCUUCAAAAGUCUUAACCAUUUAAUUGAUUGUUUUAAUUAUCCAUAAAUUGAUUACACAGUUAUUGUAAUCAAAUAUAACAGUAAUAUAAUUGAGUAAAUCUAUUGGAUUUAGUUGUCAUUUGAGUGAUCGUCCCGUUAAACCAAUUGUUGACUUAAAUUCAAUUGUGUGACAACAAAGACAUCACAGAAAAAGGACAAUGAGUUUAACUAAAGAAGAUCUCAUGAUUCAGAAGCACAAAAAGUUUGCCAUAGAUUGGGCUGAACUGUGCGACUCCGAUGAAGACGAAGACCAACAAUGGUCUCAUGUUUUUGAUCGUAUGUUAGGAAAGUCUGUCGACAAAUCCAUUAUUGAGCCACAAGUCGAGGGCCCAAACAAUGAAGAGGGCAACGAAAAUAAAGAUAAUAGAGAUGAAGCGGUAGUGAAGACAACUGAUGGAACCAUAGAUGACGAUGAGCUGAUGACUGAUAUGACUGACACAUUCAAAGAACUGGAUUCAGGUCUCGGCUACAGUGAAAUCUCUAGCGAAGACUACCGACACUUACCGGCUAUAAGUUCGACACCGAAGUGUGUCCUACGAAACACUACAAAUAUAGACCAAAUGUAUGAUAUUUUCAAUUCUCCCAAAUCAUCACCCAUUAAGAAAUUGCAGGACGAAUCCGUCACUGACAAGACAAAGAACUUUGAGUUCAGAACUCCUAAGCCUAGUCGUGUUCGUAGAAGUAUAUUUGGCAGCGAAACAAACAACAAGCGAUCAUCUGGUGGUUCAUCUCGAAGAUACCUACAGAACAGAUCGUUGGACACUUCGGUUGAAUACGAAACCGAUUUGGCUAUCAUUCGCCGUCGUCAGAAGCAAAUCGAUUACGGAAAGAAUACUAUCGGUUAUCAGAAAUAUCUAACUCAGGUUAUGAAAAAUAAACGUAAACACGAAGACCCGACAACACCCGAAAAAUUCAUUAAAUAUAGCCGACGCUCAUGGGAUCAACAAAUCAAAUUGUGGCGCAAAAGACUUCAUGAGUACGACCCACCGGAACUUAAAGAAGCCAAUCAAGACAUCGACGUAUCGGACCUGUUGUCCAAUUCAUCAUUUGAUUCAUCAAUUAAUGACUUGUAGUCGACAUUGAUAUAAAUGUUAAUUAAUGAAGACAUCAUAAAUAAUUUUUUAAUAAUUUUAUUUAUACUUUUAUUUAAGGCAUUAUCACAUCAUUAUUAUAUACUGUGUAUUAUUAUUAUUUGAUAGAUUUUUACAUUAUAUUGUAUUUUAGAUACAGUUUGCGUCCCUUUUAAUGCUCUUUUUCUUUAGUUAUAUACCGUAUAUAUAUAUAUUUAAAUUAUUUUUAAUGUUUUCACAAAACUAAACAUAAUAUCAUUUCUAUAGACAAUUUCAUUGUCCCGAUAUUUAAUUUUUUUAGCAUUUGGUACAAAAAUGUAUGGUUUUUUGUUCAAUAAAUGAUUAUAAUUUAAAAAUAUAAUUGAAUCAAAAUAUAUCGUACAGUAUAUUGGAAUAAUUACUGCAUUAAUAAUGUUAUAUUAAGCUAAUUAUUUUGUUUGGUUAAACAUAUUGAUUACAUUACAAUAAUAUGUGUACGGAUUGCACCUCAAGAUAAUAAUAGGAAGAACUUAUAAAACUUAGUUAACUAUUAGUUUGUAAAUACAGAUAACGAUAAUGAAAUGCAGUAUUAAUUGCAUCGUUCAGUUAGCAAAUGCUAAACAUAUGAUAACUUAAUAAUUGUUAUUUCAAUUUGUUUUUAAAACUAUUUCUUGUUAACCGGUCUUACAAUUUUCAGUCAAUACAACCGGUGCAGUAUUGCUGU